AUGGGCGCAUCCGCGUCAGAGUUCUCCCCUGCUCCAUUGGCAGAGCGUGUGCUCUCUCCUCCCCCAUCAAACCCAAGUCGCCAUAUCCCCCCACCCGCUCCGCCAACCAUCCUGGCCCCUCCGCCAACGGGAAACCAGCGCAGCAGUGCACCGCACGAGCCCUUCCUAGCCCACGCUCCGCCGCCCCCCGACAGUUGGAUCGCGGUCGAGACCAUGCCCAGAGAGUAUACUCUUGUUGUACGAUUACCGGGCUUUGGACGGGACGGAAUAACACUGGCGACGCGAAGGAGACGCAUAUUGCAUCUCGUGGCGGACUCGUGGGAACCGGGUGGAGGUCACUUCGAAAGACGAAUCUCGUUCGGCUACGACGCCGAUCUGGCGCAAGUUCGUGCCGAGUUUGACGGCGAGCUGCUCCGGGUGAUCAUCCCGCGUCGAACCCCGGCGAUCACCUGGUACGGUGAAGCGCGCGAGUGAGCCUUCGCUCACCUCCACCCCCGCCUGAAUGCCCACCGCUGCGCGCGGCGUGCUUCGACCGGCGUGGAGUGACCCCACUUAUUAUGUGUCACGAUCGACGGCUACGCCAUUCCACUCUCCCCCCGCAAGACCUCUCACGAGCGCGACAUGGGCCAGGCUGCCGACGUCGACGACGGACGAAAAUCGAAGUAAGAAAACGCCCCCGUAAUCGGCUUAUGGACCUGUCUCUCUCUGUGCAACUCCCUUUCCCCACCGUAUCCGUACCGUUGGACACACGAUAGUACGACUACGACCCACUCCACUCCGCGAACGCUCUCGUCCAGACCGCCGUGCUUUGUCGUUGCUUUCACACCACGUACUCACUCAUUCUCUCACUCUGACUCACUUUUUUUUUUUUUGCCAUUUUCCUCCCCCUUCCUCUCCCGUCCACCUACUGUUCAAAUAUCACCACGCGCCAUGCUAUACCAACCCGUCCAGGUCGCCUCGCCGCCUUCGGACGCACGGUGUCCCCGAUCGAUGUAUGGAGCUUUAUCUCGCGCGCGAUGCGUUGCCGAUGCGAUGCAUACAACACCUCUCACACACGCCCCUCUCUCGUACACCGUACAGUCUAUCUAUAUCAGUGUUGCUUUACCCUCUCGCCGCCGUGCUCCGCCGAUCGCCACCGCGCAUUCCGUAUCGCAUCUCUGCUAGGGCAGGCCCGACAGGUCCGUAGCCCCCUGUGCCGAUAGCCACAGUGGAGAGAGCGGGUCCGAUCCUGCGCUAGGGCUCUGGCCGGGCAGACUCAGUCGGUCGGUCGGACAUUUAGAGCGGUGGUGCGACGAAGUGCCCUCUAUUCCACCCUAUUAUUUUUACCAUAUCCGAUCAUCGCCAUCAGCCUCCUUCAUCGACAUCACGCCAUUCAUCGUAUCCGUACCCUGAAUAUCUACCGUACCCGCUCCUCCGCCCCGAAUGUUGUAUAAUGCCAUCCUCGCCUUCGUACAUAUAUAUCACCCAGUGGUCAUCCUCUCCUGGGCCGUCGCUGUCCCUACACCUCCCUGGCUCUUUCCACAUGUUUCUUGGUCUUCGACUGUCCUAUCCCCGCACGCCUCGCGGCUCGCCUACGAUAUAUAGUUCUUAAUCCGGCCUCUUAUAAGCUUCUCGCUACUCUGAACCCCC